AUGGCCGAAGAAGACCUGAAGCUUUUUGAUCAAUGUCGUAUCUGUAUUGUCUGUUCUAAUGAUCUCCCUUUGGAAACAGCAGAGCAGCUGGCAGCAUUGAUUGAAGAAUAUGGCGGAGAACCCUCAAUACACCAGUCGAGCCCCGAAAAGGAGGAUACGAUAGAGUGCACUCAUAUCAUCGCGAGCAACACCCACUUUCAUACUUAUGAUCUGGCCCGCAAGACAUUGAUCCCCGUGGUCAAACCUUCCUGGAUUCACACCUCACUAGCGAAACUAAAAGUCGCAAAUCCCCGUCAGCAUAGCCCGGACCCGCGUUUGUUCCUCAGCGAUGUGGUGGUGACCUGCGGCGACAUCCCAGAGGGCGAUAAGGACGCGAUCGUCGGCGGAGUGGUUGCGAAAGGCGGGCUUUAUAGCCCUCGAAUGACGGGAAUGGUCACGCAUUUGGUGGACUUGACGACCGACUCGGAUAAGGCGCGGUUGGUGUUGACUAAAAAACUGCGCGUGAAAAUUGUCCUUCCGCACUGGUUCGAUGAUUGUCUCAAACUCGGUCAACGAAUUGACGAGCGACCAUACACGCUGCCAGAUCCCGAAAUUAUGCGAGCGGGAUUCGAUGUCCCCGUUCGGUCCCAUGAAAAUAAAGGCCUCGCCGGCGCCUCUACUCCCGAGCCAUCGACAAUGCCCACGCCAUCUAGAGUGACUGGCGACAAGACCAGCGUUUUCUCGGGCAAAUCAAUCAUGCUUUCUUCGGACCUGGCCAUCGGAUCACAUAUGCUGGAAUCGAUCGAGGCGGUACUGAAGCACGGAGGUGCUACCGUGACCUCGAAUGUUGAAGAUGCAGACUGGUUGAUUUGUCGAUUCCGCGAAGGCGUUGUCUACAGGACGGCAUCUCGGCUAGACAAGACGGUGGGCAAUCUUGCAUGGUUAUACCACCUGAUGACUUUCAAUACUUAUACCCGUCCCUUGAGUCGUUUGCUUCAUUAUCCCAUAUCGCGGAUUCCCAUUCCGGGAUUCGAGGGGCUGAAAAUCAGUCUGUCCAAUUAUGUCGGAGAAGCCAGGAUUUACCUUGAGAAUCUGAUUGCAGCUGCUGGCGCCGAAUGCACAAAAACUUUGAAGCAGGAAAACACUCAUUUGAUCACUGCCCACGGCAAUAGCGAGAAAUGCAGUGCCGCUCGAGAAUGGGGCCUGCAGGUGGUGAAUCAUCUUUGGCUCGAAGAUAGCUACGCCGCGUGGAAGCUGCAGCCAGUAUCCAAUCCACGCUAUAGCCAUUUUCCACUGCGCACGAAUCUUGGCGAUGUUGCUGGCCAGAAAAUGCUUGAUCGUGAUGUCCUCGAGCAGCAUUUCUUCCCUGCCGAAGCUGUGCAAGAACGUCAGAUUGCCCAACGUGGCGCUUCCAGUCGUGGCCAGAACAAGAAAUCCAUGGAUCAACCUGAAGAGAAACCGCGCGAGGAAAGUGGCACAAUGGCCGAAACGAGUCACGGCACUCCACAAGUCAAAGCCAAGCGUAGUCGUCGAACAAGCGAGACCAAGCAAAUUCAGACGCCCGCACGGUCACGACUCGUGCCUGAGGACAAGGAGAAUGAGACACCUUCGUCUACUAAUAGCCGAAAGUCGAAAGAGGCAGCAGCGGCUCGACUCCACGAAAUUGCGCCAGACAUUGCUCUGUACGAGAAGGAGACGAAGAGAGUUGGUGGUGUGAUCUACGGAGGGCGGCGAAAGUCUGAUGAGGAUCGGGUUGCUGUGAAUCCAAAGAAACGCCGAUCCAUUGAGCCGCAAGAAGAGAGCUGCGACGGUGAACAGGCCACGGACACGAAGCGGCAGAAGAAAUCGCGGCCACCAAUUUCUAUGCACCUAUUGAUUACUGGCUAUCAAAAAUGGGUUGGCAAGGGCAAUGAAAGAAAAGAAGAUGCAGACAAGCGCCACUUACGAGAGCUUGGAAUCAUGGUGGUACAGGAUGCCCGCCGAUGCACUCAUUUGGCGGCGCCGACGAUUCUGCGUACGGCAAAAUUCGUGAAUGCGCUGGCUUAUGCACCCGUGAUCAUGCACACCGAUUUUGUUGACGAGUGUCUCAAGCAAAAUGAGUUGCUUGAACCCAAAGAUUUUCCGCUUGUGGACAAGGCCGCGGAGUCCAAGUAUCACAUCUCUCUUGCGUCCGCGCUUCAAAAUGCCAAGAAUAACCAGAACAAGCUUUUGCGAGGGCUGCGCGUGUUUUGUAUUGAAGAUAUUCGAGGAGGAUUUGAAGCUUUCAAAUCAAUUGUGGAAGCCAAUGGCGGAGAGUGCUUGCUGUUCCGUGGCCGCCUCGCAUUGUCUCACAAUUCGCGGCGCGAGGAGAGCGACGACGAAGAUGAGGAAAUGCAGAGUGACGAACCAGGCCGCAGUGAAGUCUAUCUUUUAAGUGGACCAGAACAAAAACAUGCUCGGCUGUGGCCUCGGUUCCGACAGCUCGCCGGAGACAUCAAGCGAAGUCCUCGCAUCGUCCGUGUGGAUUGGCUUCUUGACAUGGCCAUGUCGCAGAAACUCCGCGCGGCGGAUGAGUAUGAGUUGAACGAGUCGUUAAUUGAAGCGACAGAGGAUUAA